AUGCAAAAUGGAAGGUCACUUGAUGAUUUCCUAAUGAUGCCAAAGCCUGAAUGUAGUAUUAACUAUGAUAACGUCAACAACUUGAUGAUGGAAGGAUUAAGUUUUGAUAUUGAGUUGUACAUUUCUAAGAGAUACAGAUUUGAGCAACAAUUAACAGUAGAACAAAGAGAGAUUUAUGAAAAAAUCCUGUCUACAAUGAACUCAAAAGAAGGUUCAUUCUUUUUUGUUUAUGGUUUUGGAGGGACUGGGAAGACUUUUUUAUGGAAUGCUCUCACUGCAUUCAUAAGGUCCCAAAAAAGGAUUGUCUUGAAUGUUGCUUCCAGUGGGAUUGCAACAACAUUACUACCUUCUGGAAGAACAGCCCACUCUCAGUUUUUUCCUAGUGAGGCUAUUACAUACUUCAGUUCAGAUUCAAUAUGUAAGACUGACUACAGCUCAGAUUCAUUUGACGACAUCUAUGAUACUGAAUUCCUCAAUACAAUUGAAGGUUCAAGAUUGGCUACUCAUAAAUUGACUCUUAAAGUAGGAGUUCCUAUCAUGCUAAUGCGAAAUAUUGAUCAAGCUAAUGGACUAUGCAAUGGAACAAGACUUCGUGUUACUUUGUUGAGAGACCACUUUAUAAAGGGAAUCAUACUUAAUGGAUCAAAGCCUGGGGAAGAAGUCUACAUUCAUCAAAUGGAUUUGAAUCCUUAUGAAUGCAAUCUACCAUUUCAAAUGAAGAGGAGACAGUUUCCAUGCGUUCUAUCAUUUGCAAUGACAAUAAAUAAGAGUCAAGGACAAUCUUUGUCAAAUGUUGGUGUUUAUUUACCUAAGCCUGUUUUCUCUCAUGGCUAG